CACCGUUAAGUCUCGCGAUAUUACCGUUCCUCCUCCUCUUUCGCUCCCUGCGUUCAUCAUGGCGGUCGGUAAGAACAAGAGACUCACCAAAGGAGGCAAAAAAGGGGCCAAAAAGAAGAUUGUUGACCCCUUCUCCAAGAAAGACUGGUAUGAUGUCAAAGCACCCGCCAUGUUCAACAUCCGCAACCUGGGCAAGACUUUGGUCACCAGGACUCAGGGAACUAAAAUCGCCUCCGAUGGCCUGAAAGGCCGUGUGUUCGAGGUGAGCCUUGCUGAUUUGCAGAACGAUGAGGUUGCCUUCCGCAAGUUUAAGCUCAUCACUGAAGAUGUGCAGGGAAAGAACUGCCUGACCAACUUCCACGGCAUGGACUUGACCCGUGACAAAAUGUGCUCUAUGGUUAAGAAGUGGCAGACCAUGAUUGAGGCCCACGUGGACGUUAAGACCACUGAUGGUUACCUCCUUCGCCUGUUCUGUGUCGGUUUCACCAAGAAACGCACCAACCAGAUCAGGAAAACCUCCUACGCUCAGCACCAGCAGGUCCGCCAGAUCCGCAAAAAGAUGAUGGAAAUCAUGACCCGCGAGGUCCAGACCAACGAUCUGAAGGAGGUGGUCAACAAACUGAUCCCUGACAGUGUGGGAAAGGACAUCGAGAAGGCCUGCCAGUCCAUCUACCCCCUGCAUGACGUUUACGUCAGGAAAGUGAAGAUGCUGAAGAAGCCCAAGUUUGAUUUGGGUAAGCUGAUGGAGCUGCACGGUGAGGGAGGCAGCAGUUCCACCACCAAGCCAGCAGAGGGCGAAACUGGGGCCAAGGUGGAGAGAGCUGACGGAUAUGAGCCCCCAGUCCAGGAGAGUGUUUAAAAGUCCCCUAAACACAUGUGGAGUCAAUAAAAUGUGUAAAUUUGAAA